CGCAGCUAGGAGGGUAGGGGGGCAGAUCCGUCCCCCUGCGCCCUGCUGGUGUCACCGCGCCUUCAGGAGUCCCCGGCCCCACAGAUUUGGGAGUCCCGGCCCCACAAAUCCUCGUGGCGAAGAGGAGGGGAGCAGCCUUCAUCCCCCCCCCGGUGGGUUCAGCAUCAGAGCCCUGUCUGGGGGCUGUCCCCCAAGCUCCGUCCCGUAUCUGUCCCUCCCUGCAGCUCCUCGGGAAUAAAACCUGUCUGCGAGACGCGCGCUGGUGGCGAGGGGUCCCUGCACCUCCCACCCCGCGGCCCCCAGCCCCGGGGGGGCGCCGGAUGCGCCCGCCGCAGCCGUGUUUGCUCAGGGAAUUGGCCGCGGCGCUGACGUCCGUCCCGCGGCCCCCGCAGGUCCCAGGGGACGGCGUCACCGGGGACGUGUCCCCAACCCCCCCUUCCCUCUUGAUGUCAGCUCCGAGUCCGGGGGGCUGCGGGGGGACACCCCGCAGACGGGCGCCCGCUCCCCGUCUGCGUCAGCGGGUGUUUGCCCCCCGCCCGCGGGCUGCAGGGGGGGGGUUAUAAAGCCGGACGAGCAGCCGGGGCCGCAUCCUGCACCAUGGCCAGCGCCUGGCUCUGCCUGCUCUGCGUGGCCGGCUCCGGCCUCAUCCUGCUGGGCUCCGGGGAGCCGGGGCUGCGGCCGGCCCCGCGCCAGGAGGAGACGGAGCUGGUCGAGGCGCUGCAGGAGGUGCUGGAGAAGCUGCGGAGCCGGGAGCUGCCGGCGGCCAAGAAGAAGCUGGGCCGGGUGCCCUCGUGCCAGCCCCGGGAGCCCUGCGCGGUGCGGAUGGGGGCGCGCUUCGGGACGCGCUGCAGCUGCCCCCCCGGCACCGCCUGCAACCUCCACGUCCUCGAGUGCUCCUGAGGGGCCGGGCGCAGCGGGGUACCCGGGGACGGUGCCGCCGCCUGGAUGCUGCUGGUCCCUGCCUCGUCGGGGGGGCGGGAUGACCUCCUCUCCCCCCCAGCUCCCGCCAGCGGGUGCUGCUGGGGGGCCCUGGGGUGCAUUAAAGGCCUUGGAUCCCG